AUGAAAACUUCAACUUUGGUAUCAGCCUGGGGCACACUCAGUUCUGUCGCCGCCAUCUUGGUAGCGGAGAACUCACCAUGCGGGACUCUGUGUGGCAAUGUCCUCGAUGCCACUACCACUGACGAUAUCGUUUGCCAGGAAGACGAUUACAAGAGUGGCGCGGGGAUUGUUUAUCAGCAAUGCGUGGCAUGUGAGCUCGGAAGUGAUUAUCACACAAAAAACAACGAAACCGACCAGCAAUGGUUGUUAUACAAUGUACGCUAUGCGGUCUCAUAUUGUUUGUUUGGUGUUCCUGGUAACAAUAAAGUUAUCAAUACUCCUUGCUUAACCUCAAAAGCUUGUGGACCGUUCCGCCAAGCCGUUGAAUACAAGAAUCUAUCUUCAGACAUUCAAAGCUACGAUUAUUGCGAUACCUGGCCUGUUCAAGACACGCCUGACUUCGAUGGAUGUACAGAUUGCCUAAGGGCGGGCGACAACCAUUACUUAGCUAACUUUUUUACUCUACUUCAAGCUGGAUGCGAGCAAAAACCACAACCUGGAGUUACAGUAUCUGUUGAUGGCGGCCUCUUCUCCCAGGACAUUGUCAACAUCACUGAGCCCACACCUGUAGCUUCUGUGAAUCCGGAUUGGCUUGACCAAGGCCCUAUCAGUCUCGGUGCUAAGGUCGGCAUCACUGCCGGAGGUGUGGUAUUUCUAUUGUUUGUCCUUGGAUUUUGUAUCAUCUGGCGCGGUAAGAGACGGAGACGGGCCUUUUUGCGACAGCUCGAAACCCGACCCCGUACCAAGGGUAGUUGGCCUAAGAAGGGUUGGCCUACACCAUUGCACAUCUCUAACGACAACGACAUGCGAGAGACACCCUUAAGCCAAAAGCCAUUCAGAAGUUGGGACGAAUCUCCCGUCAGCGCUCGAUCCGAAAAGACAUUCCCAAGAUAUGUCUCCCCUUACGGCUCCCAGUUCGGCAGUCCUGUCAGUGCCACGGAGCUGCAGCUAGCCCAAUGGCCGGUGAUGAACCCAAACCAACAAGCAUAUCCGCUGAUGCCUAACCAGGCAUCCAAUCCCCAUCCAUAUCCUGAGAUGUUCCCUUCUAUGUACAAGCCUGACCCGAGUCCCUCAGGAUCACAAAUUGGUGUAGCUCUUGGUGGUGAUGAUUCGUCGCUCAACACUCCCCAAUCAAAGGGUAAAGAUAAAGACGAGUCAUACGAGAUGUAUCCUGUGGAUGGACGGUCUCAUGGUGCCAUUGGAAUUUACCAACCCGAGCAUCUCGAGGGAUUAUAUUCACAACCCGAUUACUUCGCUCAUGGAGAUGUGCACCAGAGCCAGAUAUACCAAGGUCAAGGGCAUGAAUACCAGGACACUUAUGAUGACGAUUUCAGGGGGAGGAGGCCAUAA